ACCUCCAUCCAAAAGCCAGUAUCCAUUGCGCCACGACCCGCAGGAACACACGCAGUCAGGCCCGACCCACGGGUUCCUGCCUCCACUUCGAGAUGCUUUGAGCCAAUCUGCGUGCUACGCUACCCGACAGCCAAAAACGGGGUGACGAGGCCUUCGUUUCUUGAAAAUAAUUCAUCGAGUUUCCUUUGUCCGAAAAGCAUUCAUGACGGGAAGGCUCGAGCUUUAGUCGGACCACCAUCUGAUGUCGAUGUCGAUGUCGUUUUCGCUCCGCUCGGAAUCUUCGAUCCCGGGACCGAUCGUUUCACGCCCGACCCUGAGUUCUCUGUCUCGGGUUCCAAAAAAUUUUCCUGCAUGCAAUUUUCAUCAGCAUCAUAUUAUAUAUGGAGAUGCCACAAGUCUCUGCAAAAGAUUUUGUGGUCUGAAACUGUGGAUACUCCAGAGGUUAAACCUUCAGCCAGGACCUGCAAAAAUUGGUACAGUUAACAAAUUCGGAGGUAUAAAAAAUAAAGAAAAAUAUCGAGGUGCAGAUCCUUCUCAAUCAGCCUUGACGCCCAAAGAAGCAUCAACAUUAAAAUUGCAUGAUGAUUUCACUGGAGGAGCAGCUCAGUACAGCUUACAGCCCAAGGGAACUUAUUUACAAUAUGUUCAGCCUCCUCCUGAUGAGAGCAUGGCCGGUUUGGCAAAAUCCAUUUCAUCCCCGCGACAAGUGCCUUCCUGCACUUUCUCUGUAAAUGGUGAUGGAAAAUCAUCGCUCUGCAUUGCAGUUAUAGGAGCUACAGGCGAGUUGGCAAAAAAGAUUUUCCCAGCUCUGUUUGCUUUAUACUAUAGUGGCUUCCUUCCUGAGAACGCCUAUAUUGUUGGUUAUUCAAGAAAGAAUUUGACAGAUGAAGACCUGAGAUUAAUGAUAUCGUCGACUUUGACUUGCCGAAUUGAUCAUCAGCAAAACUGUACAGAGAAGAUGGAAAAUUUCCUUAGAAAAACAUUUUACCUCUAUGGGGGAUAUGACAACAAAGAAGGGAUGUCAAAACUUGAUGCCAGGAUGGAGCUGCUUGAGGGGAAGUCUGAAGCAAACAGGAUAUUUUAUCUAUCCGUGCCACAAGAAGCACUUGUAGAUGUCACCUCAACCCUUGCUCACUACACCCAAACCCAGAAAGGCUGGAAUCGCGUAAUAAUUGAAAAGCCAUUUGGUUUUGAUGCACCAUCUUCUAAUCAGCUGUCACAGUUUCUUCUUUCUAAGUUUGAGGAGAAUCAAAUAUACAGGAUUGAUCAUCUCUUAGGAAGGAACUUAAUUGAGAAUCUUACGGUUUUAAGGUUCUCCAAUCUAGUUUUUGAGCCGCUUUGGAGCCGAAAAUACAUACGUCAUGUACAGGUCAUCUUAUCUGAAGAUUCAGUUGAGGCAGCGGGAAAGUACUUUGAGGGUUAUGGGAUCGUCCGCGACAUUGUACACAGUCAUAUCCUUCAGACAAUAGCAUUGUUUGCCAUGGAACCCCCAGUAAGUCUUGAUGGUGAGGAUAUACGAAAUGAAAAGGUUAAGGUUCUGCGAUCAAUAAGGAGCUUGGAGCCUAAUGAUGUGAUUCUUGGUCAAUAUAAAGCUACUUCUGGGAACAAUGUUGAUCUAUAUCUGAAUGAUUUGACACCAACGUUCUUUGCUGCCGCACUUUUUAUUGAUAAUUCAAGAUGGGAUGGUGUGCCCUUCAUGGUCAGGACUGGCAUGGGAAUGAUCAAGCACAGGGUGGAGAUACGCAUACAGUUCCAUAAUGUUGCUGGAAACAUCUAUCGGGAAUGUCUGGGGCAUAAUGUAGACCUUGCUACUAAUGAGCUGAUUCUACGCGACUUACCUGACGAAGCCAUUCUACUCAAAGUGAACAAUAAGAUGCCUGGGCUGGGAUUGCACUUAGAUGCAUCUGAACUCAACUUAUUAUACAAGGACAAGUAUAAUGCGGAGGUGCCCGAUUCAUAUGAGCAUCUCCUCCUUGACGUCAUAGACGGAGACAACCAUCUGUUCAUGAGGAGCGACGAGCUCGCGGCCGCAUGGAACAUACUAAAUCCCGUUCUACAAGAGAUCGACAACAAUAAUAUCGAGCUGGAGGUGUACGAAUUGGGCGGCCGAGGUCCUACCGGAGCUUACUAUCUUUGGGCCAAACACGGGGUCUGGUGGGCCGACGACUAGCGGGCUUUAUCCGUCCCAGAACUGCCCAACAACAGAAGAGGAUAGAACGAAGAGAAAACGAUGUUCUCUUGUUGAUGCAUAUGAGCAGUAAUUGUAAAUGUUUGAACGGUGGCGUGUAGAACACGGCAAAUGAAUUGGAAAUUGGAAUGGUGGAUGAGUCCUGUGGAAUUUCGACCAUUUAAAAACUCUUUUCUGCCCUCAUUUAGUUCA